CGGGAGAAAGCCAGCGGGAGCCCAGCCCCCGAGGAGCCCGGCGUCCUCGCCCGGCCUGGCCCGGCCCCGCGCUAUGGAGCUCCUCUGGGCCCCUCUCCUGGGUCUUUGCUGCAGUCUGGCCGCUGCCGACCGCCACACCGUCUUCUGGAACAGUUCAAACCCCAAGUUCCGCAGCGAGGACUACACGGUGCACGUGCGCCUGGGCGACUACCUGGACAUCAUCUGCCCGCACUACGAGCCUGCCUCUGUGGCGGACGCCGCCAUGGAGCAGUACACGCUGUACCUGGUGGAGCGCGAGCAGUACCAGCUGUGCCAGCCCCAGUCCAAGAACCAGGUCCGCUGGCAGUGCGACCGGCCCAGCGCCAGGCACGGCCCCGAGAAGCUGUCUGAGAAGUUCCAGCGCUUCACGCCCUUUACCCUGGGCAAGGAGUUCAAAGAGGGACACAGCUACUACUACAUCUCCAAACCCAUCUACCACCAAGAAGACAGGUGCUUGAGGUUGAAGGUGACCGUCAGUGGCAAAAUCACUCACAGUCCUCAGGCCCACGCCAAUCCACAGGAGAAGCGACUUCCAGCAGACGACCCGGAGGUGCAGGUCCUCCACAGCGUUGGGCACAGUGCGGCCCCCCGCCUCUUCCCACUCGUCUGGGCUGUGCUGCUCCUGCCUUUCCUGCUGCUGCAAACCCCGUGACGGUGAGCGCCACUUCCAGCCUAAGGAUUGGAACUGGGCUCAGGAGGCAGAGGCGGCCACCCUCACCUGUCCCAGUGUCCCUCCCGAAGCCCCAGUCCUGGGAACCACUCCCACCACACGCACAAGCUGCCACCCAGCAGCCUCAAAACGGGUCAGUAUUAGGGGUUUCAACCCAAAGGAGGAAGUCAGCAGGCCAGGCAGAGCCAUCCCUGCCCUUAAGCCAAAGAAACAAGCUGUGCAGACAUGGACGCUCAGAACGGCUCUGUGGGAGCGGAGCUGGGAGGAGUCAGAGUCACACCGUGGAUGCCGAGCUGGGAAAAGACGCACCUCCCAGAGAGCCGGGAUCCCUGACGAACUGACCGAAGGAAGAGCGAAAAGCUAGAGACAGUUUCCUGCCUGAGAGCCAGGGGCCGGAGGGGCAGGAUGCUUGGGGCCGACCCAGCGCCUUCCACCUGUGCAGCUGCCCUGGCGAGGUCCGGGCCAGCCUCUGCGCCCUCUCCCAUCCUGGGGCAACACUGCCAGACCGGCGCCAGCAGGGGGGCUGUGCCAACCUGUUUACUUCCAGUGGAGCCAUAAGGGCACCGCCCAUGUGUCCAGUCUGUGCCUGGAGUGUAGCCUGAAGGGCAGGGCCCACGUGUACAGAAUCUGUAUAUACACUUGUGGUGUGUCUACUGAUUUAUACAACUGGAGUUUUUUUAUACAAUGUUCUUUGUCUCAGAAUAUAACAAUAUGUUUGUUUUUUUGGA